UUUUUUUUUUUAACAACAUAAGAACGUAAUAUAAGAAUUUAUACUAAGUAGCUAAAAUUAAUCAUAUGAAAGCAACACAGUCAUCUUCACAUCAUUUUUCUCCAAAAAAGUUUUUUAAAUUAUAUUAUAGAAUAUACUCUUUCGAUUUUUCUCUUCAAAUAACUACUCCCUUUUGAUGGAUUUUCUCUCAAAUAUUACGCUCUUACGUUCUUCCACUCUUAAAUAUAUUUGUUUUCCUACUAAAUUCGUCAUGAAAUGGUUGUAUGGCUCGCAAAUAAUACAAAAACACACCGUGGACUUUGAUCUUCCUACGUGUAGCUUAGUAUAUUCGUCCAAUAAAGCGAAUACCUUUACACAUAUAGCGAGACUUAAAAGUAAAAACACAAUAUGACAUACCGACACACAGCAUAUAAUGAAAUAAGCAAGCAAAAGAUACAAAAAUAACGUACAAAUAUACUUACUAAUUCGCAUGACUAUAAAAACUUACAUAUUGUUAUUUAUUUCGAAUCAUACAUACAUAGUAUGCCGGCCAAAACACCCUUUUAGGAAUUUUAUUGGUGACUUUUUUGAUGAAAUGAUAUGUAUAUCCCUACCAGUCAUCAAGGACAUUUAUAAAUGCCUGACAACAAUUUGACCUAAUCAGUAAAAGACCCGGAGUGGUUGGCAUUCUUCGAAGCGGCCUUAGGGAACGCUGUCUUCUAAAAUUCAAAUUCAAAUUUGUUGCACGCAAUUAUCUCGACCUUAAUAUGUCUCAGUGGCAAAGUGGACUACAGCCACGCCUACUUUUCGCCAUAAAUGGGUAAAGUCGGAUUAAUGCUUCCCCUCGCCUCCAAAUACCACAUACUAAGAUUUUCAAACAUCCGGUUGACUUUAUACUUCAUAUAUAUUUGUCAAUUGGUGUUAUCUUAAUGAAAUACAGAGAGCAUCGUUUUCUGGUAAGGAUAUAUCGUAAUGCCAACAUUGAAUCGAAUCGCAUCAAUACUCGUACUACCUGUCGCCCCAUAUAAGUAAUAUAAGAAUUUCAAACUUUUGAUUGGUUUUAUAUCGUAUAUAUCGAUCAAUAUGUAAGAUAUCUUAGCAAAAUUAAACGAAAAUAUAGUAUUGGAUAUACUAUAGUUUAAUGUUCAAAAUGUGUGAAAUCGGUCCGCGAAUUAUACCAGCACGAUGUACUGUAAUAAAGAUUUUCGUUACUUUAAGAUAAAAGUAUUUACCCGCCUUUAAUCUUUACAAAUUGCGAGAGUAUAAAAUGUUCGGUUACAUCCCAACUUAGGCCUUCCUUACUUGUUGUUACUUAUUUCUUUGAUUUUUAUUAUUUUUCUAUUGGAUCGAAAUAAAUUUUUGAAAUAGGUAUGAAGUUCCUUCUGACAUACCCUAUGUUUGCUUCGCUUCGAUAUUAAUGUGUUAACUGUCAAGCAAAGCGAGUAAAGUUCUUUGUAAACCAGCUAUUAAUAAUAAAAAUGGUGACAGCUGUUUGUCAAAGUAUAAAAAGAUUAGAGUUGCCCAACAUCGUAGUUCGCCUAGCUUUGCUUCGCCGCGAAAAAUGAUUAACAUACAACUUUGGAUUCGCUUUGUUUCGGACUUUUGCUUUGACACAUACAUAGUUUCGUUGUAUGCUUUUCUAUGAAUACGUGCACACACAAAACUUUCGAGCGAAGCAAAGCAAAGCCUCGAAAAAUCUUAGGCAACAGCCAAUACUAUCUUUAUUGCUAUUUAUUUACCUUGUACCGCAUCAUAACAUUAAGAUAACACAUGGAAAAGAAAUUAAUUAAGGCCAUUAAGUUGCACCCUUGCCUGUACGACAGAAGCUCACCUUUAUUUCGAAAUAUGGUGUUGAAGGAGCGAUCAUGGAAGGCAGUGGCGAUUUCAACGGGAGCCUCUGUGGAACAAUGCAAGCAGCGCUGGAAGUCGCUACGUGAUAGAUUUGUGCGGGAGAUAGCUUCCCAAAAAUCGAAGUCAGGGCAGGAGGUGGAAUCAGAGGAAAAGAAAGAGUGGUGUUAUCUCAAAUUAAUGCGGUUUUUAACAAAACAUGUUAACCCCAGAAAAACGAUAUGUAAUACGCAAUCGUGCAACGAUGACCAGCUCAGCUGUAGUACUUCGCCUGCAACAACACAGAGCAAUUUUGAGUGGGUAGAAUUACAUCAAGAAAAAAGUGUGCUAAAUGAUAGCCAAACUAGCAGAGAUACACCAAAACCAAAAGAUGCGCCAAAACGUCAACGGCUGGACGAGGAGGCAUACGAACGACUUACUCGUUUUUGUGAGACAAUUGAGACGUUGUUCUCUACAAAGGAGUCCAAAAAUAAGGCGUUUUUAGCUAUGUUGGACGAGCUUCUGCAGAAGAAAUCGGAGGAAGUGCAGGAUCGGUUAAAAAUGGAAAUCCUAAACCAUGUACAUAAUUCUUAAAAUUUCAUUUGAAAUGUUUAUAAUACUAGGUAUAUAUAUAAAUGAUCAGCAUGAAGCUGAGUCGAUUUAUCCAUUUCCGUCUGUCUGUUCAACAAGCUGCGCAUUUGUAGGAUAAGAGGUCAUACAAACUGAAAUAUUCAAAAUCAUGUCCUUGUAUAGAAAACAUUCUUAUUUGACAAUAUAUCUUCACCAAAUUUGGCAUAGAUUAUUGUCUAUAGCAACAAUACAAUCUCCGAAGAAAGUUCAAGUUCAUGUGAAGGAUAUUAUAGCUUCGGUGCAACCGAAGUUAACGGGGUAUUGUUAAAUUUAAUUUUCAUUCUAUAAUUUUUGAUCUAAGCGAUUUAUAAAUACGUAAAUAUUUUUAAAUUGAUUCGUUUGAAUAAUGAUUAUUUUUAAACAGUAAUUUAAUAUAUGAAAUAUUACUACAAUAUAUGUACAUAGGUAUGUAUGUACAUGAAUUACAAAAAUAACUCCACACCCAUUACCGACUUUAAAGUCGCCCGAAAAAAUACAUUAUAAUAGUUUUUGUUUUGUCUGACGAUUGAUUGUAACGUCUAAAACUGUUCGAGAAAGAUAUAUGUAAUAUAUAUUGAAGUAAUCAGGAUGUCUGUUUGAAACUUAGGACCGGUAUUCCCUGACACCAUAAGAGUAUUGGUAGUAUAGGUAUGCCUGAUUUUGGCGCUCGAAAUUUUUUUAUAAUUUAGUAUCUACAAGACAUAUAUAAGUUAGAUAAGGUAUAUUAGUUAUUAUUUAUUUUAUAUAUAAGAAAAAAGUGUUUGAAAAUUCAAGACAAUAAAAUUUAAAAUAAAAAUGUGUGGACUAAAAUUGUCUGUUUCAUUAGAUAGCUUAAAAUGUAUAUAUAUACAUGUUCAAAUUUAUAAAUAUGUUGAAAUAUAUACAUACAUACAAAUGUACAUAUAUACACAUAACAAUGAUUAAGCAUGUUUAUGUAAUUGUAUUAUUCCAUUGAUCAUCACUUGAUUGAAGAAUAGAC